AUGGAGGACGCGGACCUGUGCGAGCGCAUGCAUCAGGCGGGACGGCAUAUCAACGCGCAGGAGGGGUUGACGAGGAAAGAGGUGGGGAAGACGCCGGCGGGGGCGCGGCGCGUCGAGCGGCGGCUCACGAGCGACGGGAAAUGGCGCGUGCGGACCGCCGCGGAGCUGCGCGCGGCGGAGAAGGAGGAGGCGAAGCGCGCGAAGGAGAGGGAGAGGGAGAGGGAGAGGGCGAGAGAGAGGGGCGCGGCGGGCGCCAAGGCGGUCGGCGACGGCGGCGGCGGCGGCGGUAUGGGCAAACAGUCUGGCGGCGGCGGCGGCGGCGGCGCGUCGGAACCGUCGGACGAGACGAAACCGAAACCGCCCGCGCUCCCGAAGCUCCCGGCCGGCCUCCUUCCCGGCUGGGGCGGCGGCGGUAACGGCGGCGAGGACGAACAAAAACAGAAACCGCCCCAGUUGAACCGUUUUCAAAAGACCGAGGUGCGGCCGUACGGCGCGCGGCGCGGGAAGGUUGUCCUCGUCAACCGCGUCGCGACGACGUCGGCGCGGCGGGUGGAGCUCCUCGGGAACUUCAGGCGCGUUCUGUGCGCGCGUGUUUACUGUAUUUCACCCACCGCUCGGUUUCAACAUGCAUUUGAUCGCGUGGGUGGGGCGACGUUCGUGCACGUGGUCAUCGGCAUGUCGUGGUACCUGGGAGCGACGCCGGACGAGCUCGUGGCGCUGUAUAAGCGGCACUACCCGAACGUCAGGUGCGUUCUAUACAAAAGUUUUUCACCCAUCGCUCGGUUUCAACAUUUGAUCGCGUCCCCUUUCAACUGA